UACACUUUUGCUAAUAGUUUUAAAUUGCGUUAAAAUUGAAGACAUGAUGACGUCGUGGCUUGCAUACUUUUCAGCCGUUAAAGCUACUGCUAAAUCUUGUAGUUGGACGUGACUGAAGUUCUGGGUGCCAUAGAUACGAAGGGAAGACAUUGAGACGUAGGUGGGACUGAUUCGUUGCAGUCCAGGUACUUUCAAUUCCGAGAAUUGUGCCCUGAGCAAAAACAGUCGUAGCUGUUUGCUGUUGCGGAGAGGACUAUGUUGACGUGGUUUGUUGUAUCGGAGUAACCAAAUUUCUCAUUGUCAGGACAGCCAUAGGUAUAGCCUGGGUCGCGGAUGCUCCAUACCGCUGGUAUAUGUUGUUUACAGAGUUAAAUGUCCGUCUGCAACGCAGGCUACAGCCUACGCUGUGUGCGUUAGGGUUGUGGAAUUCUUCUAUGUCUGUGUUUCAACUCUUUUGUAAGUUGACGAAAUUCUUGUCCACUAAACGUACAUGUAUACUUUGUCUUGCGUCCUUAAAUUCAACAGAGUCUUCUGAGACUGCUUUGGUCGUGCCAUUUUUCAAGUUACUUCAGAUAUUCUUUGGAUUGACGGUACGGAGUCAUUGUUGUAAGGUCCUGAUGAGAAAAGCAUUGCAAUGUGUGAUACUUGUCACUGAAAUACACAUAGGGAUUGACGUUUUCCAACACCACAUUACUGGUGCCACAGAAACACUUAAAAUAAUCAUGCUGCUAAACAGUAAACCGCUGACAUGUUUAAUUUCCAAUGAGAACCUAGUUAGUAGGCACAACGAGCAACAUGUGUUGUUGUUUUACGUUUUGGAUACUGGGCGUUUUGAAUUUACUGUCUUUACAAAAGCAAUGUUUAUCAAAAAGAACUAAUUUUAACUUUUGUAGGUUUUAAUUUGGAGAUGCAACAGUCGACGGAUGAACUUAGGAAGACAAUUCGUAAAGACAACAAGGCUUUAAAUCUGGAAGGGAGAAGAUUGUUAAGAAUUUCAGACGCUGUCACAGAACUGACGGAGGUUAAAAUACUUAACCUUUCACACAAUGAACUCACAAGGUUGCCAAUACGCACAGGCAACCUGACAAACCUCACAACGCUGAAUUUGAACCACAACAAGCUAACAAAGUUUCCCGAAGCUGUUGUCAACCUGAUCAACCUGACGCACUUGUUUGUGAACGACAAUCAACUGUCAUCACUACCGGGAAGUAUGACAAGUCUGGAAAAACUGCAAGAGCUGGAAUUGAAGAAUAACAAAGUGAAAAGACUCUGUAAAGAUAUCGUUGACUUAAAGCAUCUUGAAAAGCUGUCCGUGAAAGGUAACCCUUUGGCGUUCGAAGAAAUUAGAAAUCUCAUGGAGCUGCAGUGGAUUUAUAUAGACAUUGCAGUUCCUGCAGAAAUAUCAGUGCAAGGAGAUGUUGCAAAGCAGCUCUAUGAAAAAGCGCUGAAGGAUGGAUCUGUGAAUGUUUAUCGUGGUAGAAUAUUCUUCAUUGGCCAGGAUCGUGCUGGAAAAACAAGUUUGAAGAAAUCUCUCUUAGGUUUGCCAUUUAACCCUAAAGAACAGAGCACUGAGGGAAUCCAAGUUGAUCCUUCAGUCUGCGAGAUUGAAGUCGAACAAGUUAAAAACUGGAAUUCCACUUGCGAGAAUAAGCCAAGUUUGGCGGAAUUUUCUGAAGACAUAUCAAGAAUGUUGGCUGAGAAACAAUAUCACUGGAUACUCAAUGAGGCUAAGAAAAACUUGGAAAUGAAUGUAGAACUAGACGAAUCAAUAAUGGCCGUGGACAGAAAAAGAUCAAACACAAAUCAGGUUUCUGAAAGUAGUGGUGAUCUCAAGAGCAGAAUCAUUCCCUCGUCAGCGAGUAACUCGCGAGUACAAGAUAAUGCAAAGAAUACAGUUGAUGACCUCGUAGAUGGUGGUGGUGAAAGUUAUAAUAGAGAUUCCGCAUUGAUGAUUGAUGGUACCUCACCCCCAGAUGAUGUCACAAGAAAGGCUAAUCAGUGGUUGAAGAACAUAUUUCGUGAGCAUCUGGAUGCUGGAAAUGUAGGCAACAAGGCGGAGUCGACAGUUACCGUAGAUUUGUGGGAUUUUGCCGGACAACAUCUGUACUACGCUUCUCACCCUGUGUUCCUGUCAUCACGAGCAGUGUAUGUCCUGGUGCAUAACCUCAGCAAGGCACUAGACGCCCCAGCCCAGCCCUGUGUUCGACAAGGAACACAUGAUAAAUUUUUGGAAAACCCAAACAACGAAACAAAUCUGGAGAAUCUGCUGUCAUGGCUAGUAACAAUUCACAGUAUCAGACCAACAGGAGAGGAAAUGGUUGGCAACUCAGGCGGCAUGCUGCCAUAUCUCCGACCUCCAGUGUUUAUUGUUGGCACUCAUGCUGAUAAACCAGUUGAGGAUAUCGAGGCUGCGACAUCAAAAAUACAGCAGGGAAUGUCUGGUAAGGAAUACGAGAAGCAUGUUAUCCGGCCAUUCUUCAGCAUUGACAACACUCUGGGCAAGAAGUCAUUGCUACGCAAGAUCAAGAAAUGGUUUACAGGGCAGGGGAGUGACACUGAUGUUGCUAGUGAUGAUGGAAUUCAUGCUCUUCGAACCAAAAUCAUGGAUGUUUUGAGACAGGAGCCAUACAUGGGGGAGAAGAUACCAGUGAAGUGGUUCAACUUCGAAAAGGUCGUUGAAGCUUUGGUAGCUGAGAAUGUGUAUCACAUGAAUGUGGAACAACUUCAAACGUAUGCCAAAGAAGUGUGCUUUAUUGAGGAUGAAGACCAGUUCUACGCCAUGCUACAGUUUUAUCAUGCUUGGAAUAAAACUACUGGAGAAAUUUCCACAGUUAACUAUUCCCUUGUAUUCAUUGUGGUUUUCGUGACGCGCACCCAAAUAAACCAAGUCGAAAAAGUGUUGCAGUCUUGCAUUGCGGGAAAGGUUUAUCUCAUGCCCGCUUACAAUAUAAACCGAGAAAAUUGGCUGUAUUCCUAUAAAGACAUUUUCAUUCUCUUGCAGGAUAGAUUUCUUUCCACUGUAGCUGCCAAAUCUCAGGGCGAGCCAGCACAAGGUAAUCUAGGGACGUCCGAGAGAGUUUUGAAUGUAACUCUCUUAGCCAGUGAGUGGCGUUCGUCUAAGGGGGGCUUGUCAACCAUAAACAGAGAGCUUGCCUUACAGCUGGCACAACACAUGGAAAUAGAAGUCACUCUAUUGGUCCCACAGUUUGCCUGCUCUGAAGAAGAAAGGAGGGUCGCUAAAAGCCACAACAUUGCCAUUAGAGAAGCAGAGAGACGCCCGGGCUACGACUCCCUUGAAUGGUUGAGCUUCCCACCAAAAGACCUUGCCAUUGACGUCGUUCUGGGUCAUGGAGCGAAGCUUGGUAAACAAGCCCAGGUCAUUAGAGAGUCGCACAGCUGUAAGUGGGUCCAGGUAGUGCAUACUGCACCCGAGGAACUCGGAAUGCACAAGAAUUAUUCUGAGGCCAUUUCGAAAGGUGAAGAGAAGAACAGAACCGAAGUAGACCUGUGCAAGUUGGCCAGUGCUGUUGUGGCUGUGGGACCCAAGUUGAAGGAGGCCUACUCUGCUUACCUGCGAUCGUGCAAAGAACGCCAAGAUGUAAUUCAGCUGACUCCUGGUAUUUUCAGUGAAUUUUCAGUCAUAAAACAAGCCACUUUUGAGAGUGAGAAGUUUAGGGUGCUAAUUUUUGGCCGCGGUGAUCAAGAAGACUUCAGUCUCAAAGGAUAUGACAUUGCUGCGAAAGCAAUAGUUGAACUGGAAGACAGCUCGUACCGUCUGAUAUUUGUGGGCGCACCAGAUGGAAAAGAAGAGGACGUCGCAAACAAGUUGCUGCACUGUGGAAUCCCUAAAGAUCAACUGGUCGUCAGGAAAUUUGUCCAAAACAAGGAGAGAUUGAAGGAGUUGUUUUGCGAGGUCGACCUUGCUAUCAUGCCGUCCAGGACGGAGGGGUUUGGACUGACUGCGCUGGAAGCCUUGUCUGCUGGUCUUCCCAUUCUUGUGAGUGGAAACUCGGGUUUUGGAGAUGCACUGCGCUUGUUACCAUUAGGCAAGCCAUUUGUGGUGGAGUCAGCCGAGCCUAAAGAGUGGGCCAAGGCAAUCGCAGCCGUCCGUCUGAAAGACCGGGCAGAGCGGCUGCAAGAGAUUCAAAGACUGCGAACAAGUUACGAAGAUACUUUCAGCUGGAAGGAGCAGUGCGAAGCUCUUGUUCAAAAAAUGAGGGGAUUAGUUCAUGAUUAACAAGGCUAGACCGCUUCACUGUGGCGAUACAUGACUCAAGAAACUCCUGAGGAAACAAUGACUGUUGCAACUUCUUAAAACUGAAGGAAAGACCGCGUUUGAAGAACUUUCUGUUACCUCAGUUAACAUGCACAUUAUGUAGCACAGGUAUUACACAACUAGGAAAUAAGUUUAAAAGCGUAACUUCUAACAUCGUCAGUUGAAGCCCGCCUCAAGAGCACUCCGUUAGUGCGAUCAACUCAUUACUACGGGCACUUUUUUUGACCCGAAGUUAAGCAAACGCUUAGUCAGUCAUUUUCUUGUUAUUUGUUUUUUAAAGAAUCCCUUGAAUACAACCACAAUAUUAUGAUGUAGUUGUAGUGAUAGUAACGGGAUUCCACUGUAUAACCUCUUGGAAUGCUGAGAUGUUAUCUUUCAGAAGUAGCUUAAAGUUUUACGGUUCCCAAUUUUUUAAAGUGACAAAUGGUCCAUUUUAGCUUUCAGUGCUACAAAGUCUUUGCAAAACAUUCGAAAACACGGGUGCUUUGAUAAUAUAUUUUUAACUCAAAGUGUUAAUACUUUUUAGUUCGAGAAUUUAUUGUAUGGUGUAGCUGUCGCUAUGAAUUUAAGGUUACACUCAGUGCUUCGGAAAAGGUCGAACAUUUUCAUAGAAGCCCUUCAUGUGAUAAUGUAAAAGGCAAUUAUAUUACUCCAAAUGAAAAACAGAAACAAGUAUGUAAUUAGUUUUUGAAAAGAAAUUUUGAAACAGAAUGGUAUUUCUUAUCUUUAGCGUGUUGGCCUGUAAAUGUGUUCCAAGACUUAGGCUUUCAAUUUUUGUAGGGGUCUCCAAUUAGCCCUGUUGUACAAGUAAAACUUGAGCCGGAACGUGUCCAAGUAAACUGAUUGAAAGACUGAUCAAUUCAUUUAACCUUCACCAACGAAUAAAUCUAUAUGAUUUUUAGAAACCGAAAUUCUGGAAAAUGUGUCGCCUUUUAAACAUUUUUUUUUUUACAUUCGCUGAAACAGUUUUUGAAUUUGAAUUCGCCAAGAACUAACAGGAAUAUUCACGGAUGAUUGUUAUCUUCCUGGUACAUCGUGUGUUACCGUGAUACUUAAGGUACUAAAGCUAGAAUUAUUAGACUUAUGUAAAAUGUGAUUUUGUGCCCCAAGCUUUCAGCUCCAAGAGCUGAGUGAAUUGAAUUGAUUUAUAGUCUAGAUUCAAGUUGUUAAUAAUCUCCGUUUGUACCGGUUGUCAACGUGACUCUGGUAGUGGACAAGUAAACCAGUAUUAGUAGGCUUCACGUAAAUUUUAGUCUCAAUUUGGGGUGCACGGUUUAGGAGCUGGGUGCCAAGAAAGGGGAGCAUGCCAUCCUUUUCGAUUUUCAUUGUGAAGCUGACAGAGGGAUGCGCUUGGUUCAGGGUGUUUAGGAAGUCCGUAGCUGUAGUAAUGUUGGGCAUUAUAGUGAGAGUGUCGUCAACUAUGCUUGAUCGUGCGUACCGUUUGUCCUCUUCAUGGCCUUACUUUACGGAGGAGUGUGAGCGCUUGAAGUCUUUAUUCUCACGUCUGGACUACCCUCAUCACCUUAUCAACUCCACCAUUAAUAC